AUGAAGGGGACUCAGCCUGGUCCUCAUAUCCUGGGUCGGACUGGUCACCUGACGGCACAUGAUGUCCAAUGGCAUACGGUCAAGAAGUUCCUGAGUUUGGUGCAGCGCUACAACCUUCCCGUCUUCCUUGCUGAUCCUGCCAGCUUGGCACUGCUAUCCCAGGACUCCUUGCUGCAGAAGGACAGUCUGGUACAGGAGCCCCACUGCACUUUCCUGUGCACAGGACAGCCGAUCACCUCCUUUGCCCUGCUGGCCAAUCUCUGGAAGUACGAUGUGAGUAUUUUAUCUAUAUUUGUUGGCUUCGUGACUGCCGUGCAGGAGAAAGGCUUCGAACUGCUGGUGGUGCGUGGUAAGGAUCCACGGCUGGCCAGUAUGGAUGACCUUUCGGGCGAGGAGAUCCCUCUCCACUUCCUGUUUCGCAUGCAGUUUCAUGUGAUCCAGGUGGUCCUGUUGUAUGAGCGCAGUGGAAACUACCUCUGGCAUGGGGCACUUCGCCUCAAACCCAAUGCUGACCCGAACUUCGCCCCCUACAGGAAGCUGGACUACGGACACCAUGCUGGGGCCUAUGACAGGCCAGAGCUGGUCCUGACAACUCUGGAUGGGUUGGACAUUCGGAUCCCGAGGAACUUGUCACAGUUCCUGGCAGAGCGCAGUAGGUCUCGAUUCCUUGAAUGCCGUUACAGAGAGGCCAGGAACUUUUACCAGCUGUACCCGGACGAUUCGUCUCCAGAAGCGACAGAUUUCAGACUCAAAGCCAAAGCCCUGCUUCACCUCGCAGCCAGGACCCUGAACCGGCUGGGAGUCCCCUUCUGGCUCAGCAGCGGUACCUGUUUAGGCUGGUUCCGGCAGUGUGGUAUAAUUCCCUACAGCAGGGACGUGGACCUGGGAGUCUUCAUCUCAGACUUCCGGCCAGACGUCAUCUCAGCGUUCCAGAAUGCUGGGCUCCCUCUCAAACACAAGUUUGGAAAGGUGGAGGACAGUCUUGAAUUAUCGUUCCAGGGUCACGAUGUUAAACUCGACAUUUUCUUUUUCUACGAAGAUGGAGAGAUUAUGUGGAAUGGAGGAACGCAGGCCAAAAGUGGAAGAAAGUUCAAGUACUUAUCUAUUCAUCUCUUUACCUAUCUGUUCUUUUCUAUAGCAUACGUCUUCCCUUGCUUUACCCUCUGCUGGACAGAACUCUUGGAGUUGAAGGUUAGAGUUCCAUGCCAGACACGGGACUAUGUGGAGGCCAACUAUGGUCCAUCCUGGGACGUCCCAGUACGGAACUGGGAUUGGAAGACUUCACCGGGUAACGUGCUUGACAACGGUCGCUGGCCUCCCCAUGAAUGGGACCAGGUCAUCCAGGUCUACUGAUUGGAAGAUCACUGUGUUGUGUUUUUAGUUUUUUCCACAACAUGUUGGUCCACAUUGGAUGUUUCCCAUUUUUUUCAUCAGGGGGAAUCUGGAAUCCUGGAAAUCUGUUCAAGGGUCACAAGACUGUGAUGGUAAUGGGCUGCUGCUCCCAACAGCAGAGGACUACAUUUAUACUGGGCAGCUCCCAGCAGUAAACGGUAGAAGACUGUGGUUGCACUGAGUACUUUGCAGUGGUCAACAGUAGGAGACUGGCUGUACUGGGCAGCUCCCAGUGGUCAAAAGUAGAACUGUUGAGAUACUGCUACUGCUGGGUGAACAUCUCACAUAAAACUAGUAGAAAGACGUACUUUGUCCCCUUCCAAAAGGAACACUAAUUCCUCUUAAGCAGGAAUUAUACAGAAUUUGUAAAUCAGAAGAUAAUGUGUUUUCAAUCUGUUUGGAAUUAUGGGGAAAAUUAACAGUGAAUUUUGAGAAGCACCAGUGAAAUGCUUCAGGGAUUUAAUUUUUUUUUUCUUUUUGAUUUUGAGAUUCGGAAGGCAAAGCUCUCAAUUUCCCAGUCAGUCUUCGUUCCAACCCUCACCUAUGGUCAUGAGCUUUGGGUGGUGACCGAAAGGGUGAGAUCAUGGAUACAAACGGCUGAAAUGAGUUUCCUCCGUAGGGUGUCUGGGCUCAGCCUUAGAGAUAGGGUGAGGAGCUUGGACAUAUGGAGGGAGCUCGGAAUAGAGCCGCUGCUCCUUCGUGUUGAAAGGAGCCAGUUGAGGUGGUUUGGGCAUCUGAUCAGGAUGCCCCCUGGGGGCCUUCCUUUGGAGGUUUUCCGGGCACGGCCAACUGGGAAGAGACCCCGGGGUAGACCCAGAACUCGCUGGAGGGACUACAUGUCCAAUCUGGCCUGUGAAUGCCUUGGGAUCCUUCAGGAGGAGAUGGAGGGUUAUCCAACGGAUAUGAGAAUGAGAACAUUCACAGACGAGCUGGAGGGUGUUGCUGGGGAGAAGGACAUCUGGAGUGCCCUACUUAGCUUGCUGCCACCGUGACCUGACCCCGUAGAAGCGGCUGAAGAUGAAUGAGUGAAUGAUUUUGAGAUACUUUAUUGAUCCCCAUGGGGAAAUUGUGCUCUGCAUGUAAGCCAUCCUAGCUGUGUGGCUAGGAGCAGCUGGCAGCCGCCGUGCAGCACCUGGGGACCAACUCCAGUUCGUCUUGCCAUGCCUCAGUCAGGGACACAGACAGGAGUAUUAACCCUAACAUGCAUGUCUUUUUGAUGGUGGGGGGAAACCGGAGCACCUGGAGAAAUCCCACCGCAGACACGGGGAGAACAUGCAAACUCCACACAAAGGACGACCUGGGAUGGCCCCUAAGGUUGGACAACCCCGAGGUUCAAACCCAGGACCUUCUUGCUGUGAGGCAACAGUGCUAACCACUGCGCCACCGUGCUGCCCAAAAAAUGUGUGGUUAAUGUUUAAAGAUUUUGACGAUCACCUAGAAAAGUUCGAACACUACUGUACUGGAGCGUUUUUGUAGAAAAACGUGGACUUUCUCAGUUGAUGCAGAAAACUGGAUGUUCACAAUACUUUGAAUACUUUUUAAGACAACUGUGAUUACUUAAUUUGUCACUAUACCUGUUAGCAUAGCAACAACAAAUAAGAUUCUUAGAUAAGAGGAUUCAGUAGCUGUCCUGUGCAUGUGCACGCAGAUGCUAAAAAUGGUACAUGCUGAUACUUCAGCAAACUGCUGAAAUCUGCACAAGGUUUUCUUUCCAAAGCAUGUAGCACAGAAAUUUUUGUCAAAACCUUUCACAAUUUCAGACAAAACUGGAAUUUAGCGAGUUUUGUUUUACUUUAUCACAUUUUUUUUACACUGUAUACAGCUCUAAAGGGAUUCUUUGUCUUAAAAUAUUUGUUUUAGGGUGCUUUUUUAGAUUUCUGUCUUUAUUUUUUGUGUAUUUAUAUUAUAUUUAUUAAAGG